AGCGGCGCUGGAGCAGGGGCCGGCCGGAGCGGGGCGCGCGCAGCAUGGCGGAAGCGGAAGGGAGUUCGCAGCUCCUGUUGCCGCCGCCGCCACCCCCGCCCGGGAUGGCGGAAGUGGAGGCGCCGACGGCGGCCGAGACGGACAAGAAGCCUUUCAGCGGCUCGGGCGGCAGCACCAUGGACGUAGACCGGAGCCGUUUUCCCUACUGCGUGGUGUGGACGCCCAUCCCGGUGCUCACGUGGUUUUUCCCCAUCAUCGGCCACAUGGGCAUCUGCACAUCCACGGGAGUCAUUCGGGACUUUGCUGGCCCCUACUUUGUCUCGGAAGACAACAUGGCCUUCGGGAAGCCUGCCAAGUACUGGAAGCUGGACCCUGCUCAGGUGUAUGCUAGCGGGCCCAAUGCGUGGGACACAGCUGUGCACGACGCCUCCGAGGAGUACAAGCACCGCAUGCACAGUCUCUGCUGUGACAACUGCCACUCACAUGUGGCGUUGGCCUUGAACCUGAUGCGCUAUAACAACAGCACCAACUGGAACAUGGUGACACUCUGCUUCUUCUGCCUGCUGUACGGGAAGUACGUCAGCGUGGGGGCCUUCGUGAAGACCUGGCUGCCGUUCGUCCUCCUCCUGGGCAUCAUCCUAACUGUCAGCCUCGUCUUCAACCUUCGGUGAUGGCUGCCUCCUGGCCCUGAGCCCACCAGGUUCCUGAGAAGGCAGUCGCCACCCCUUUUGGUUCGAUUUUUCAUUCUCACCCCAGAAGGCAGGGAUGGGUUUGCCGGUCUUGACCCAGUGGUCUGGGCCAGAUGGACUGAACAAUGGCUGAAGAUGAACAUGGGGCGGGGGGUGUUUGCUUAUUGUGUCUCACUGGUCACUGAGAAGCUCCCUGUCCCCUCCUUCCCAGACUUGUGACCCCCGCCCUUGAGGUACCCUCUUUGGUCACCUGUUGGAAAGGCCUUAGCUUGCCUCUGUAGAGCUGCUCCUGCCACUGCCCACUGGGCUCCCUCUGCCUCAGCCCAGUGCCCGGUGGGGAAGGGGAGCACAUUUGGACCACCGGACAAGGCCGCACAGGGGCCAGAGCUGGAUUUGGAGCGCAGCCGCCUGCCAGGGCUCUGGUCCCAGGGUGGGUGGAGUACACUGAGAAGUUUCCAUAAGCUAAGCUGCCCUGGGACCUUCACCACUAGUCUCUAGAAUGGUCUAAUAGGACUGGGUGGGCCCCCAGUCAGAUGUCUACCAGAAGCUGCACUAGGGGCAGUUCGUGCCCCAUCUCCUGGUGUCCUCCAGCCCCUGCAGACCCUGCUUCCUCUUCUCCCUGGGCUUCUCAGCACGUGAGUCCAUUUCCCCCUGCAGUUGGGGGUUGGGGCUCCCCCAGCCAGCCCAGGGAGAUGAGUGAUGCUGACAUGCCCAGAGUGACCCCCUGUAGACCAGAGCAAUGUAAACAGAGCUUGGCUCCAGCCCCAGGCAUGGGCCUUGCCCAGGCGCACUGGUGAUGGCCCCAUGGGUCCGGGAUGCUGGGGGCUAGGCAUCAGGGCAGCCAGUGCCGUCGGGGAGCUGGAGGGGAGCUGUUUCCUCCCACUGCCACAGUUCCCCUUAACUUCAAGUUGUGGAAAGGGCGUGUGCUGCCCCUCACCCCUGCUCCGCGGAUUCCUUGCUUGGGGCUCCCUGGGCAGGGUAAUAAAGAGUUUGACUCCA